UUCGGACGGAUGCCGCCUGGCCCGGCAAGCAGCUCGCAUUUAUCAACACCCCACCCAGCCAAAAUAGGGCAUCUUUUCACAACCCACACUCGGACUCGCUCCCACAACUACUUCUCCCACCAGCGGCCCACUUGUUCAACAACCACCAUUCGCUUGCCACCGCCGCUAAAAACGCCCCAGGAAUUCGACCCAAGACCAACACCCCUCCCCCCACCCUUCCCCUCCCAGAAGAAACAAUUUGAUGAACGUACAUUGCCACAUCAGUAUCGUAUUUCUCCAACGCCAAGUCCCCCCCCCCUAUCCGUAUGCUCCCCCGCUGCAUUCCCUCCCUCCAUGGAACUUCUUGUUGAGGAUUCCAGGUCGCAUUUCCAGCCUCCCAGCUUCAACCCUAGCAGCACCACUCAGCAACACCACCCCCAGGCGCGCUCGCAGUGUCCGAGCCAUCGGCCGCAAACGCCCUUCAACUACGCGCCGUCCUCCUCGACACAUUCCGCGUCUCAUUCCGCGCCGGCGCACGAUCUUCCCCCGUCGUCCCAUUAUCGUCCCCUAUCGGCCGCGAAUCACUCCUCCGGCGGCGGCGCUGCCUCCAUGGCGAGCGCGUCGUCAGUCCCGCCGCGGCCGUCGCGGUUAAAGCCAGGACACAGGCGAAGCCACUCGGACGGGUUUCAGCUGGACCCGUCAAUCGUGAUAAUCCCAAAUGGGACUGUGCCGAAGGGUAGCGGCGGCGGCGGGAGCGGGGGCUGCGGGAGCGGCGGGGGAGGAAUGGAGUUUUGGAGCAUUGAGGAGGAGACCUCGUCGCACGAAAGUGACUCGCAGUCGUCAGCCUCUCGUUACAAUCACGGCGACAGUCACGGCCUCAGCAGCAGCGCGCAGCAGAAGGAGCAACGGUCAUCGUCGUCAUCGUUCGAGAAUGGGCGGGAAGAUUAUAGGUCUCAUAGCGGCUCGAGAGACGACGAGGCUACGUCGAAAAUGCAAAAUGCAGCUCAUCACAUGCCACGUCAGCAGCAGCAGCAGCAGCAGCAAUAUCAGGACCAAGAACAAUAUUACAGCCAAAGCCACGGUCAACCGCAACAGCAACAGCAGCAACAAAUGCCAGGGGCAUAUCGUUCCCCUGCGCCUUCCGCCUCCGCAAGUCACGGAGGUAUUCCCGGCUCUGAAAGGCGACGGUCCAAGUCGCCGCUCCCGACCGGUAGAGUUGCCGGCGCCGGCGGCGGCAUGUCGCAGGUGAGGCCGCUCGAGGUCAGCCGGCCGCCUAAACCUAACGGCCCGCGCCAUCGCCGCAUUCGAUCUGAAGAUUUCUCAUUUUCGACCUUUUCUUCGGGCAGCCCGUCAAAUGGGCCCUCUGGAUCCCCCGUGCGGUCUCCCGCCGGAGCGUCUUCGCGAAACUCGCAAGACAGUCAGCGAAACCCCAGCAGUCGUCUGCGACAGGCGUCGCCGUUACAGGGUUCGCAGGAAUGGUCGGGGCCGACGGGUCAGGACCACCACAAUUCGGGCCUUGAAGCUGGUAGAGCCACGUCAGCACGGCCGCAGAAGGCACAGGAGAGGGCGUCACAUGGCGGCGCUCCGUCCGGAUCGCCAGGAGACUGGGCUGACGUGGACUACAGCGCUGCGUUGGUUGAGAGCGAUUCGAGAUGCGAGUCCGCGUCGCGAGAAGGAACCGGAGCGCCAUCUAUGUCGCUAGAGGAGGAGUAUCAAAGAGAGAGCGAGGGGAGGAACCACGCCACGGAGGGCGACGAUAAAAACUCCAGCUCGACAUCGACGGGAGGAGAGAAGGGAGCGGCGGAAUCGGACGGUCAAGGCAGCAGCGGCGGGUGGGGAGGGUUAUGGUCGAGACGCCAGAAGCAGACUAACAGCCAGCAGCUACAAGCUUUAAAUACCGCAGCCUCUAAGUCCCCUGCGCCUCUCAGCAUUCCCCAGCCGAACGCAAAAACGCCGCCUGCGGGCGGCUCGACAAGCCCUAUUCUCUCCUGGUUCGGCGCCGGAACCGCCAUGACGCCCACAGGCUCGGCAGCCGGUUCGGAUAAUUCCUACGACAGCCCGCACCAGGUCUCGCCGAACCAAGCUCUAGCAGCCGGAGGCUUGAGCCCCAAGACAACUUGGUUCGGCAAAGGCUCAGGAGCGGGUGGAGCCCAGGCGAACUCGUUGCAAGCUUCCCCGCAAUUGUCUCCCGUGACUACGCCGUCUACCACCGGGGGGAUGCUCUCCUGGUUCGGCGGCGCCGGUCACGGCGGAAGCAGCGCGACGCACACGACCGCGUCUAGCAGUGGCAUUUCUCCGCAACAAACGGCGGGCAGCAGCAGCGGCAGCGGUGGCGGCGGCGGCCUCACGUCCUGGUUCGGCGGCGGUGCCGCGAGCGGCGCAGCAGCUUCGUCCGGACCGCCCGCAAAGGGUAAAGGCCAUCGCCGAUCGUCUAGCGUUCCGGUUGUUCCGAACGUGAUUCCUGAUCCGCGUGUCGGACCGGGAGUGUCGCCACUUGGCCCUGGCGGCGGUGGCGGCAGCGGCGGCGCGAACUCGCAGCUGCUUUCCGGGCCCCGCGGAAGCAUGUCGCGAUUGGGAGGCGGAGCCGGCGGCGGCGGCGGCGGCGGGGGAGGAGGAGGAGGGUACGGAGCGAAAGGCGGUAUGGUGAUGAGUACAGGUGGUGUGGUUAGUCUUAAAGGUGGCCUGAAAGUUAAUCUUCCGAGCACGAGCCCGUACGGCAGCCCGUAUGCGAGUCCCAGAAAUCCACCGGGCGCGGGGGGUUUCGCGUCCCCGUACAUGCCAGGCGGAGGGGGAGGCUCUCGGAAGUCGAUGACGCCGGGGGGUUCGCUUUGCGCAAGUCCCCGGACGGUUGCGGCGCAAAACGACCGGGAUCAAGCAAAACUGGCGGAGAUUCAGAGCAUGUUUAGCAACUGGAAUGCGGGAACUCCCGUGCAGUCUCCGCGAAAGGGUGCUUCGAGAAUAGUUUCGGGCGUCCCGCUAAGAACACCGCAAGUGAGCGAGUAUUAUAGAGAGGACGGGGAUAUCGAGGUGGAAGAAACUCCCGAAGUGGUUGGUCCGUCGAAUUCAAAUGUUUUGGGGAAACCUUAUCAGGAUCUCGGGGAUAAAUACAAGCUGUCGGCGAAGGAACUCGGGCGGGGUAACUUCGGUGUGAUUCACAUGUGCGAGAAUCUGGAGACCGGAGAGCGAUACGCGUGCAAGACGAUUACCAAGGCUAAGCUCGAGUGCUGGGAUGACGUGGAUGAUGUGAAGCGGGAGGUGCAUGUGCUCGAGACUCUCCGGGGCCAUCCCCACGUGGUCUCCAUCAUCGAGACGAUUGAAGACGAGAAGGAGGUGCACAUCGUCAUGGAGCUAUGCGAGGGCGGCGAGCUGUUUGAUCGAAUCCUGGAGAGGAAGUACUACGGGGAGAGACAGGCAGCCAAGGUGAUCCGCUCGGUGGUGGAGGUGCUCGAUUUCUGCCACCACCGGGGCAUUGUGCACCGCGACUUAAAGCCCGAGAACAUCCUGCUCGUCACGCGUCGCAGCGACACCAAGUGCAAAGUGAUCGACUUCGGCAUGGCGUACUGCCUCAAGCCAGGCGAGCGCUGCAAGCUAAGAGCCGGCACACCCAACUACAUCGCCCCAGAGGUGAUCGCAAAGAACUACGGAGCAGAGGCUGACGUGUGGAGCGCGGGUGUCAUCCUUUACGUGCUACUUUGCGGGUUACCCCCCUUUUGGGGGGAUACAACCGAGGACGUGUUCAAGAGCAUCCUGUGGCAGGAGCUUGACUUCGACACGGAGCCAUGGCCAGUUGUGAGCACGGCGGCCAAGGACCUGGUUAGAAGGAUGCUGACGAGGAAAUACGACCGGCGAAUCACCGUGGCCGAAAUACUGAAGCACCCAUGGAUCAAGGCACUCACAUGAGACAUGAGAGCAGGUUCAAGCUAAUCAGGACGGUCAACGGCUGAGAUCAAACGUACCUGGGACAUCUGCAGCUGCGGUUCGUGCAAAUUCACCCAGAAUUGAGGGGAAAUAAGAUCCGAGGGGGUGUUUUCUUGAGCUAGAUUCUGUUUCGGGCGACACCUGAGGUAGCACCUGAAGCACCCUGAAGCAGCACCCGGGGUACCAUCUGAAGCAACUUGUGGGUCAGCAGCCCAAGAAGUACCUGAGGUGCCUCCCAAUCAGGCCCCACGAUUGGUUUUAGGGUACCCUGAUUGCUCAGUGUCAUGUUCCAAAAAAAAACUUUCCAUCAGCCUCAAGAAAAUUUACGCUGAUUCAUUAGUGUUGCCUAGCAAAAAUUCGCUUUUCAAUCAGGGUUGUGUAAGAAAGAAACACAUAUUUG